CACCGUUUUUACGCUCUGGGAACCAGGAUGGAUCUUUUUUCACUCCGUGGGCUUUUUCGAAAAGAGCCAGAAGCUUCAAUGUUGGACGGCGUGCUAUGACAACGUCACUGCUGCUCCGUCCUCCUCGCUGCUGGCUCGACCCGUCGGUGAUGUUCCUCUACGACAACGGCGGCGGUUCUGAUGAAGUGAGCAAGAACAUGGAGGGUUUCGCGGGCGGUAACUUCGCGGCGAACCAGUGCAGGAACCUGAUGGCGCACCCGGCCUCCCUGGCACCGAGCACGGCGUACCCGUCCGGGGACGCGCCCGCAACCGGCGUGGGCGAGCCGGCGAAGCAAUGCAGCCCUUGCUCGGCCUCGCAGAAUUCCUCCAGCGCCUCCCUGCCUUACGGCUACUUUGGCAGCGGCUACUACCCGUGCAGAAUGUCGCACCACGGCGGAAUCAAGUCGUGCGGGGCGCAGCCCCCCUCCGCCUACGGCGAGAAAUACAUGGACACGUCGGCCCCUGGGGACGACUUCACCUCCCGGGCUAAGGAAUUCGCCUUCUACCCCACGUAUCCGUCGGGUCCCUACCAACCUGUGCCUGGUUACCUGGACGUACCCGUGGUGCCCACUCUCGGUGCGCCUUCGGAGGCCAGACAUGAGCCAUUAUUGCCCGUGGAGAGCUACCAGCCGUGGAGCUUGGCCGCCAACGGCUGGAACAGUCAAGUUUACUGCGGCAAGGAGCAACCUCAGUCCGGACACAUGUGGAAGUCCCCCCUUUCAGACGCGGCGUCCCACGCAGGCGGCGACCCCGGCUCGUACAGGCGUGGGAGGAAGAAGCGAGUCCCGUACACCAAGGUGCAACUGAAGGAACUGGAGCGGGAAUACGCUGCCAAUAAAUUUAUCACGAAGGACAAACGGAGAAGGAUAUCUGCCCAGACCAACCUGUCCGAACGGCAGGUUACAAUUUGGUUUCAGAACAGACGCGUUAAGGAGAAGAAGGUUGUCAACAAAUUGAAACCAAUCACCUAAAUCCCCCCACACCCCCACCACCACCUUCUUCCACGUAUACACACACGCACACACACACAAAGAUUCACACGCAAUGGACUGAUUUGGAACAGCCAUAAUUUGUCGAUUGAUGACGUCCUGGAGCUUUUUGGAGCAAAAGCAAAAAAUAAAACAAAACAGCUGCUUCUUUGUUGUCCAACGAGGAAAAAAUAAACACUGAACUGCCGUAUUUGUGACUUUUUUUUUUUUUUUGCUCACUCUCCUAGAAUGGUGCACAACGAGCUUCCACCUUUUUAUCUGCAACUUUUAACGAGAGUGAUAAAUGCGAAGAUCCGUGGGGAAACGACGGUAUUUCGGAUUUGGACCUUGGGAAUGUUAAAUAUUAAUCUCCCCAAUGGCUUUUUCCUUUUUGUUUUUUAAAUGUUAUUUUAUUGAUCUUACCCACAUGUUUAGCUUGUCGUGCUUGUUGGAACGCGUGUCCUCGUUCAUGGUGCAAUUCUCUAAUGCUCAGAUAAUCUUCCGGGAUAUAUGUUGAUGUCGUGCAUUUAUCUUUCAUAAUGUGUGACUUACCAUGUGGUUGUAUAUAAAGAAAAAUUAUAGCAUGACGUCAAGUUUGUGUGUCCGUGCCAAUAAACUGUGUAUUUGGUUAAUAUGCAUCCCAAAUGUUGAAAACAGACUAUUUCAUAUCUAGAACUAUAUAGUUAUUUAAUAUGCUUUUUGGGGUCUUUUUCCCCUCGAACGAAUGUUUAUUUUCGGGCUUUUACUGCAUUAUUUUAAUUUACUGGUCAACAAUUUCCACGCAACUUCACCAUGAACGUGUGCUGAGUAUUGGUUUGCAAUUGCUCGCAUCGUAUUAAAAUGCUUAUAUGGAAAAUGUAAAAUAUUUCAAAUUUAGAGAAAUAUGUGAAGUCAACAGAGCUCUAAGAAAGAUGAAGAGGAUUUGUGCUGAAAUGUAGAUAAACACUGCCAUCUAGCGGCCAUGUUGUGACUAACAUGAUUGAAAUCAUUGCAACGACAUCACUUUUCGAUUACGUAUCUCGCGUUGCUGAUCAUAAUGCACUAUUUUAUGUAUUAUUGACGAUAGUAUUCAAAUGUAUUGAGGAUGUAGGAAUGUAUAGUAACAUUUUGAAUUGAUAAUAAUCAAACUCGCAUGCUCUA